CUUUCAUCUCUAGUUUAGUUCUCUCAGAACUGCGGUAGCGGUGCGGUUUUUAAAAACUCGCUUUUCGUUCGACUCGUCAGACAAUUGACCUUGCGCGCACUGUGUUAAUUCAUUAUAUACAGUGGGUAAUUUACACAUUGAUCACCAUGGUGGGCGAAAGUAGUCCUGUGGCGGAAUGGUACCGGGGUAAAAAUGUAUUUAUCACUGGAGCCACUGGCUUCAUGGGAAAAGUUAUGGUCGAGAAAUUAUUAUACGCGUGUACAGGAAUUAAAUCCAUAUACAUUUUAAUUAGGCAUAAAAGAGGAAAGUCGCCGCAACAGAGGAUACAAGAUAUGUGGCAAUUGCCGAUGUUCGAGCGACUAAGGAAAUCACAACCGAAUGCCAUCCAUAAGAUAGUGCCUCUCUGUGGAGAUGUAAAUUCAGAUGGACUCGGCCUGGCGAGAGUUGAUACGGAACUUCUCAUAAACAACGUCAAUGUUGUGUUCCAUAUGGCAGCCACUUUAAAAUUGGAGGCCAACCUAAAAGAUGCCAUUGAACAAAAUACUGUUGGUACAGCCAGGGUUAUUGAUGUGUGCAAGAAGAUUAAAAAUCUGGAAGCCUUUAUACACUUUAGCACGGCUUUUUGUUCUGCAGACAUCGACGUCUUUGAGGAAAGGGUUUACGAGAGUAAAGAUGAUCCCAGGAAAGUUAUAAACGUUACUGACUGGUUGAGCUCUGACAUUCUGGAUAAAGUAACACCAGCAAUAAUUUCACCUCAUCCAAAUACUUACACGUACAGUAAAAGGCUAGCCGAGACGCUUAUUGCAAAUGAAUUGGAUAAUAUGCCUGUUUGCAUCAUACGUCCAUCUAUAGUAAUUCCCUCCGUAGAAGAACCUGUGCCGGGUUGGGUUGAUAGCCUCAAUGGUCCUAUUGGACUUAUAGUUGGUGCAGGAAAGGGAGUUAUUCGUUCAAUGCAUUGCAAGGGCGAAAAUAGUGGCCAAUUUAUACCUGUGGAUUAUGCUAUUAACGCCAGUAUUAUAAUAGCGCAGUUAAUAGCAACUUCCAAGAAAAAACCAAAAGAGGUGCCUGUCUACAAUUUGACGCAGGAUGCGCUAUUGAAAAUAACGUAUAGAGAAAUAAUAGAUAUGGGAAGAAAUAUUGCUUACGAACAUCCAUUUGAAAUGCAGAUAUGGUACCCCGAUGGUGACAUUAGAUCCUCAAAAAUUAUUCACACUAUAUACAGCAUAUUUUUUCACUGGCUUCCGGCUCUUCUAAUUGAUUUCUUAUUGCUCAUUUUUGGACAAAAGAGAUUUAUGAUACGGAUUCAAAAGAAAAUACACGAUGGACUUGGACUAUUGGAAUUCUUCUCUGUUCGUGAAUGGUACUUUAAAAGUGAACGAUUCGUUGGUUUAAAUGAUCUUAUAACAGAUGUGGACAAAAAAAUGUUUACAACUGCAGAUUUUACUAGAAUACCUAUACAAGAGUACCUGACGCGAGCUCUCCUGGGUACUAGGCAGUACUGUUUGAAGGAAGAUUUGUCGUCGCUACCAAGAUGUCGCCAGAAACAGAAACUAUUAUACGUUCUUCACAUAUUCUGCGUUUAUGGAUUCUAUUUCUACAUUUUUUACCUUCUCAGUUGUUAUUUCACUCCAGUCCAACGGAUUUUUGACACAGCUAGAGAUUACUUGAGUUACAUUCCAGGAGUCAACGCUAUCAUUAAACCAUCGUCAAGUUAAUAUUAAUCAGAAUUAAAAUAGGGGAAAAUUUGGGAUUUUCAGUCACCGUCAUCACCUCAUCAUUUCAUUGUCAAAUAAAUAACAUAUAUUUUAUAGAGUAGUGGAUGCGUUAAUACUAACAAUUUUGUACUUUUGUAUUAUAAAAACAUUAAUAAACUGUUAGUAUAUAAAUA